CUGGUGGCUGUAUAUAUUAUCAUGCUGAAAACGCAAUUUCAAUGACGGCGCGAACGUAGGAUAUGUUUAAUUCACGUGUGAUUGUUGCGCUAUCUACGUAGUUCAAUGGCGUCACUGGUAGGUGUUCUGUGAUAGCGUCUAUAAGUUGAUCUUUUUUUUCACCGUUCUGGCCCAGAUAAUUCGGAUCCUCGAACGCCUGCAGUUGAGUUGGAAUGAUUGGCACCUUUUCUAAUUCAGCGAUGAAAGUUUAUACCUGUGGAGCGUUGCGCGCUGGUUUAAGAUGUUUGCUUGCAACGAAGCAUCAAGUACCGACUGACCUGACCAAGAAACUUCACACGACUACAUCUUCUCGUUGUGCUAGUCUCGUGAGGGUGAACGACGCGGACGGCGUCCGCCAAGUUACCCUAAACAAUUCGAAAAAACGGAACGUGCUGUCCCUUGCUGCGCUCAGGGAACUGGACGCUUGUUUUAGGGAGGUCGACAAGGAAAGGUCCGUUCACUGCGUUGUUCUUUCCAGCAGCGGACCUGUAUUCAGCUCUGGGCAUGACCUGAAGGAGCUAAAAAUCGAGUCUGGUGAUAGCGCCAAAAUUCAAGAAAUAUUUUCCCUCUGCACCAGCGUCAUGAUGGCCAUACGCAGGCUGUCGGUGCCCGUGAUCGCGCAGGUGAACGGUCUCGCUGCAGCGGCAGGGUGCCAACUGGUCGCCACAUGCGACAUCGUACUAGCUUCGGACAAGGCGACUUUCUCGCUUCCAGGUGCGGCGUUCGGUCUGUUCUGCUCGACCCCAGGCAUCGCGGUUGCCCGUUGCGUGCCUCAGAAAAUGUCCGCCUACAUGCUGUUCACCGGCAACGCCAUAAGCGCCCAGGAAGCUCUGAGAAAUGGCCUGGUGAGCAAGGUGGUUCCCGAGGAUAAGCUCCAAGAGGAAACAGAUCAAGUGGUCUCGGCCAUCAAGGCUAAGAGCAAAUCCGUUCUGUGCCUUGGCAAAAAGUUCUACUACAGGCAGAUUCAGAUGGGCAUUGAGGAUGCAUACACUGAAGGUGAACGUGUGAUGCUUCACAACUUGGAGUACUGUGACUCACAGGAAGGUAUUAACGCUUUUGCCGAGAAGAGAAAACCAUGCUGGGAACACACGGACCGAAAAAUUUAGUGUUCAUACUUUAUUUUGUCUACUUGGUUGCAUACCCAAUGUAUUGUUACACUCUAAUGGAGGCAGAAGGCAGAGACUUUCUAUACAAAAUAAUAAACACUCAUUCAAUGAGUGAACAGUUGUUCAUAGCAA